AUGCGCUUCAUCGUCUCUCAACUCGCGAUUUACAGCAUCGCCGCAGUCAUGCAAAUUUCCUCCGUCGUCGCCGACAGUGGAUUUGGAGAAUCAUGCUCUAGCAUUGAGAUCUCGUACACCACCCUGUCCGCAAAUUGUGCAGAGGUUGACGGCUCGGUUGAGGCCGCGCAAAUUGACCUGUCUACGUGUAUCGGUAACAGCAACGGCCAGUUGGCUUGCGGAGUUGAAUAUCAGGAAACAUGCUCUGGAUGUGACUAUAGCGGAACAGUUUUGUAUUGCGAGUGCACGAAUGACUCUGACCAGCCUGUUUCUACGUCAAUCGACCUCAACACUUGCAUUGGAGACAACAAUGGAGAGCUCGUGUGUUAG